GCUCCGGCCGGGGAGGCGGGAGGGAGCCGAGGACAAUGCGCCCCGCGCCCGGCGCCCCCCGCGCGGCCCCGCCCCCAGCCCGGCGGCAGCCCCGGUUCCUGCGCGGCCGGAGCGGCUCGGGCAGCAGCGGUGGCACCGGCGGCGGCAGCGACAGCAGCGCGGGCGCCGAGCGGGAGGACGACGACGAGAGCGCCAGCAUCAGCAGGCCGCUGGUGUCCGCCGAGCCCCCGGGGACCCCCGCCGCCUCCCGCGCCUCCACGCCCACCUCCGCGCGCAGCAUGACCGCCGCUGACCUGGGCGCGGGCGCCGUGGCCGGGGCCGUCGGGGGUGCGGGCGGCCCCGGCCCCGGCCCCUCCUGCCGUUCGUGCUGCGGUUGCUGCGGGCGCCGGGCCCGGUCGGGCCGCGGGGGUGGGCGCCGCGGCUGCUUCUCUGGCUCGGGCUGCCGCUGGGGCUACCAGGCGCUGUCCGUGGCGCUGCUGCUGGCCCAAGGCGGCCUGCUGGACGUGUACCUCAUCGCCGUCACGGACCUGUACUGGUGCUCCUGGGUGGCCACCGACCUGGUGGUGGCGGCGGGCUGGGCCAUCUUCUUCGCCAAGAACAGCCGGAGCCGUCGGGGCGGCGCACACGCCCACCACCCGCAUCACCCGCACGCCGCGCCCCUGCACCUGCCGGCCGCCCCCGCCGGGGCUGCGGGCGCCAAGGCGCGCGGCGCGCGCGGGGGGCGCGAGUGGCCCGGGGCCGGGGGGCCGGUCGGGGCGGCCGGCGAGUUCGCUUUCGCCUACCUGGCCUGGCUUAUCUACUCCAUCGCCUUCACGCCCAAGGUGGUGCUCAUCCUGGGCACGUCCAUCCUGGACCUCAUCGAACUGCGCGCGCCCUUCGGCACUACGGGCUUCCGCCUCACCAUGGCGCUUUCGGCGCCGCUGCUCUACUGCCUGGUGCGGGCCAUCGGCGAGGCGGGUGCCGCCCCCGGCUCCGCGGGCGCCCUGCUCCUGCAGCCGCAGCGGCACCGCGCCGCCGGUUGCUUCCUGGGCACGUGCCUGGACCUGCUGGACAGCUUCGCGCUGGUGGAGCUGAUGCUGGACGGCCGCGCGCCGCUGCCCGCACACCUGCGCUACCUGCUCCUCGCCGUCUACUUCCUCGCGCUCGCCUCGCCGGUGCUCUGGCUCUACGAGCUCCACGCCGCCGCCUCGCCCCGGGCCCGGGCCUCGCGGCCGGGCGGCUGCAGCUGUCUCCUGCGCCUCCUGGGCAGCUGCCUGGUGGAUGCGCCCUUACUGGCGCUGCGCUGCCUGCUGGCCCUGAGCUACCAGCAGCCGCUCUCCGUCUUCAUGCUCAAGAACCUCUUCUUCCUCGGCUGCCGCGGCCUGGAGGCCCUGGAGGGCUGCUGGGACCAGGGGCUGCCGGCGUCCCCUAGUCGGGCCAGGUCCGGCUACGGUGCUCCGCCCUCCGCCCCGCCGGCGCCCGGAGCCCCCCAAUUGAGCCACUGCGUCUCCGAGGACGAGGGGUGCGCCCACGGCUAUGUCAACACCCUGGCUGUGGCUUCCCAGAAUUGAGGGGUCUGGGGGUUUGCUUUGGGGUUGGGAAACCCAGCUCCCUGUCCUCCGACCUUUCCUCACCUAGCCUAGAUCAUCUGUUAACGGGGCUGAGGGCCAACGCGUCCCUCUGAGCCCUUUGGGUCAAGACUGCUUGGAGGGAGCCAGCUACUGAAAGAAGGAGGAAAGUCGCCUGGCUCUGUUCUCCACACCCAUUCUGAGUUCCAGCCUCCAGGAGCCUGGCGCCUCUGCUUAUUGCUUCUCCCACCUCACUCUGAUUCCGCUCCCUUGUAGGGGAGAGUGGAGGAGGGGGACCCAGGCAGGAGGCUGGAUGGGACAGCUGCUUUUAGGCUGUGGCUGAUGGCCAGUGUCCCACAGCUUGAAAUUGACCCGGAGUCCCCUGUUCCCAGGCUGUGUCUGUUGUGUUUCAUCCAGAUGAUAGAUGCAGUCUGUGUGUGUGUGUGUGUGUGUGCACGCGUGUGCGCAUGUUGUUUCCUUGUGUCCACCCUGUGCCCCUUGAGAUCAGCAGGAGAUCUGGGGAGGCCCUGUCCUCCCCACCCACACUCCUCAUUCCUACCUGAAUCUGUGGCCAUGAAUUGAUUCCCAGACAGAGCUGGGCACCUGGGGACUGCCCAGUGGCCCUCCUCUGAGGGAGAAGCUCACCCAGGGUCUUCCUCAGUCCCACCCUGCUCCUCUCAGCUGCGGGGUGGGGUCCAUACUCUAAGGACCAAACUGCACCCUUUCUGGGGUGAGUGAGCGUGUCUACCUCCGUGCUUCCCACUUGUGUCGCAUCACACACUGAUGCUGCUUGCAAAAAAUAAGGACAAAGACUCAGACAUCGCAUUCACCGUGGCCACUGGACCCGCUAGGGUUUGGUGCCAGUAUUAUUACAGGGUCUAUGGAGGAUCAGCCACUGGCUGCCCUCCGUCUCUCCCCCUCUCUGGGCCCACAGCUCCCAUCCUUCCUGAGGCCGGUUGCAGGCUGGGUCAGGUCUUGGCUUAGAAUAGCUCCAGUGGGGUCCCUGGAUUGAUAUGAGUUGGGCCACCUACGGGCCCACCGGAGUAGGAAACCCGUCUCUCACCCCCUGCCCUUCUUCUGGGAGGCCUGGCGUGGAUCAGAAAGGGUGGCAGUGAACUUUGUCCUCUGCUCUGGUCAAGGGAGUCCUUAGGGAGAGGGUAGACUGCCUGGAGGGGGUGGACAAGCCCCACCCCACCCAGCCUCCCUCCCUAGUGACCGCUGAUAUGCAGGGGCUGCCCACACACAGUCCUGAGGCCGGGGUACCCACUCCCGCACCGGGUGACAGGAUGGGGUGGGGGAGUUUGUAGGUAUCUCCCCUCUGUGUGUGCUUGGGCAGCUUUGUGUGGUGUAAUAAACCCCAGACCAAGUGCCCCAAGUCACGGGCAGUGGCUUUACUCUCACAGGCUGGCUUCAGCGACACACAGGCCACUUUUGCUUCCUGGGCCUCUGUUCUGUGCUGGGGGCCAGAGAAUGUUUUGGGGCCCUUCAUGGUUUUGGGGGCUUGUUGACAGAAGGCAGAGACACAGGAGGGGCUGAUGUCCUGAGCCUCCCUGCUCUAGGGGCGGGGGCAGGGAGGAAAAUGUUUGCACUCAGUGUGGGGGCUCCCAGCCCCUCGCCCACCAGGUCCAGGGUCAACUGGUUGGAUUUUGCAACAAAUUGUUCCUUUUUUUGCCUUCUCUCCUCUCCCAGGAGCCCUCUUCUUGCCCUUUGAAGAGGGCAAGAGUUCUGGGGCCCAGACCCUGGGGGGGAGCCCCUCUGUUCCCAUACCCUCUUCUCCAGCUUUGCUGUUGCUCUGCUACCUACUCUCCGCGUCUGAGCCAUGGAGGGCCCAGGCUGGCCCCCGCCCCACCCCCUUUCUCCCCGCGGAGUGACACUCCCCCCACUGUGGGGUGUGCUGGUGGGGGGCUGCGGUGGGUUCUGAUGAGCUGCACUUCCCCGUCUGACGAGAGACUGCGGGUGCGGCUGGUUCCAGCUGCCGGCCCGCGUUCCUCCGGGGACAGACGUCCUCUUCCUGACACUCGGUGCCACUACUUGUGCUCAGGGGCUCAGCCCCUUCCUUCUGCCAUGUUUCUCUGGAGUCCUUUUACUUACUUCCCUUGCCCCACUCACAACAAGAGAUGCCCCGGAAGUUUUGUUUUUCUUGUUUUCUAGGGGCAUCUGUGGUGCGGGGGGCCAGCUGGAGAUGCUGUGGUGGGCCCAGCAGGCGGGAUUUCCUGUCCCCGGGCCCGCGCCCUCCGUGCAGGUCACGGAGGAGAAGCUGGAGUUGGACUCGCGCUGCCGCCUCUAACGCUGGGUGGGUCGGGCCUCUGACUCCAUCCCUGUUUGGAAAGGGCUUGGCCCAGACCCUCUGUACAGACGGCUACAGAGUUCACGUUUCUUCUGGAAGAGUGGAGAGCUGGCAGUCGGAGCCUGGAGGACGGAAGUGGCACCUCGCUGGCAUUUAUCACGUUUUUUUUUUUCUUUCUCUCCUUCUCUUUUUAAAAAUAAAACCAGCUUCUGUUCUGAAA